CGUGCGUUCUCUCGCAGUGACAACCUAAACGCCCACUACACCAAAACCCACAGCAAGCGGGGAGGACGAAACCGCUACGUCGCUACCCUAGAUGAGACCAGUCCGGACUACAACCCGGAAUACCGUGGCCCGCUCACCCCUGACGGCCGCCCCAUUUGUGGAUCCAAGCUGGAGGACCCCAAUCCCGAUUGUGGCAACCUAAGUGUCGAGGGACAAUUACCAGCGGCUGAGCCAGAAACAUAUGAGAUACCGGACGGCAAAAAUCUUUUGAAUACAGCAAAACCCCCUGUAUCCCCCAAGGGGGGAGCAUGAUUCGAAUCCUAUGGGUACUCAUUCAUACGAUAUACCUGACCCAUUGACCCUCGCACAGGUUGUUGAUAGUAACAUCCUUUACUAAAGUUUACGCUCCUUCCCACGACACGGCCAUCAGAAUAUUGGUCGGGAACAUGGCACAUGGCAAGUGUGUUGUCUCUGCCUAUGACUCGGAAGGCCUCACCUCUUGCAGUCCGGCAGGGAGAUUAACUCAGGCUGGGCUCCGAAAGCCGACCGCUUCCGAGGUGGCAGUGUUUAUCGUCACCUUUACUACAGAGGAAAUACAUAAGAUAUUGGGACACAUUUCUCUCCGUCGCCUCGCUAGCCAGGAGCGGUUUGUCGUUUUUGGUCUAGCGGUUAGUGUUUCGACAAAAGAUAUAUUAUGAUCUAGAACAUCUAUAAUGAAACAGAC